UGUAACUGACCCAUUAGCCGCUCUGGGAAUGGGACCAAAAAUCACCAUCAAGAAAAACUUUGCCUUUUUUCGGAUGAUCCCGCUCCGAUGGCAUCUUUUUAUCCAAAGGGAAUAAAUUUUCUUUAAACUGAAAAAAAGAGCAAACGUAAGAAAUUUUCAAAUGGGAUAAAACUUGAGUUUUUCUUUUUUUGCUUCAACUAAUCAGGCUUAUGCUUCAUUGGGGCCAUUUUUUUUAAAUGAUUUUUUUAAAAGUGAGGUGUGAAAAUGUUCUGUCUAUUAGAAUAAAGCAGCGGAAGUCUAUUGUUAGAGAGGCAGUGAUUUUCUAAAGGUGCGUCACCGGGGCCCCUUUGCAUGGCGCUGAAAGGUGCAGGACGAGGCACGGAAGUUUAUAGAUUUCCAUCUGAGGGAAAAAAUGGCAAAGUGGUUCAAAGAGUUCCCCCUGGCCUUGAAGAACGGUACGGACAAGAUCCGGUCAGUCUCUGAGUCCGGCUCCCAUCCGAGAGCAAAUAAAACCGGGCUGAUGAUCAGCAUAGGGACCAAAACGGGCCACCGGAAGAACUCCUCUGCAGACAGCGCAGCAGGGGGUGGAGGUGUCGGCUCCCUGCUGUCCGGAAAGAACCGAAAGAACUCCGGCGCAAAGGUCAGCAGGAACGGGGUUGGUUCCCAGAAAGAUGGGAAGGUUUGGGACACUUUGCUGACCGGGAAAAGCCGCAAGAACUCCAAAGCAGAGGCGGUGAUGGAGGAGCAACAGAGACUCCCGAAGACCUCCGCGCCCGCCUGCGCCUACAUCAGCCGGAUGAUAAGAGUGGACAAACAGGACAAAAGCCCCAACUUUACAAUCAGUGGUACCGCCGGCUCUGAAGCAGAUAAACUUGCAGCCCAGUCCAAAACGGAAACUUUGAUCAUUGUGGAGGAUUACGCAGACCCGUUUGAUGCCCAGAAGACCAGAGAGCAGAGGGAAUCAGAGAGAGUUGGGGAGAACGAUGGCUACAUGGAGCCAUACGAUGCACAACAAAUGAUAACCGAGAUCAGACGUCGGGGAUCUAAAGACCUGCUCAAGGCAUGCAUGUCGGCGGAUGGGAGUGAUGGACCUGUGGAAAAAGGUCAGCCGGCUGCCAUCUAUGAUGACCCGUAUGCGGGAAGCGGUGACGGUGAGCGGACGAAGCCGGAGCUGGACCAGCAUCCCGCAACUGAGUAUGAGUUGCCAUGGGAAUGGAGGAAGCAGCACAUCGUCAGAACUCUGUCGGCACAAUUUGACAUCCCAGUCAAAGAAGAGACAUGUUUUCAUACACUCAGCAUGCAGACCCAGAUGCAGCAGCAGCAGCAUUAUCUGAGGCAAAAAAGCAGAAGCCAAAAGAUCCUGAGAUCCUCUCACCCGACUCUGCUGCCAUCUACGCUUCCCUGCAGCAGCCCUGAUGGAGAGGCGUGCUGCGUGGAUCCAUUACUACCCCUGGAAAAGCAGAGUUGGUACCAUGGCUGCGUGACCCGGCAGGAGGCGGAGUUCCAGCUGCAGUCCUGCAAAGAGGCCAGCUUCCUGGUCAGGAACAGCGAGUCAGACAACAGCAAGUACUCCAUCGCCCUCAAGACAAGACAGGGUUGCGUUCACAUCAUCGUGGCCCAGACCAAAGAGAACGGCUUCACCCUGGACCAGAGCAGCUGCGUGUUCCCCAGCAUCCCGGAGGUGGUGCACCAUUACUGCACCAGCCGCCUGCCUUUCACCGGGGCAGAGCACAUGACGCUGCUCCACCCCGUACCUCGCAUCCACUGACUCUGACCUUAAAACCUCGUACGCAUUUGAAGCAGAGAUGAGAGGAAAUAAUCUAAAAAUUAUGUUUCUUCGGUCUGUACAACUACAACCCUCUCAAAAGUGUUAUUUUUUGUUGAUUUGAUGUUUAAAAUGUGUCCAACUGCCUGGCGUUUAUUCACUUAUUUUACUUUGACGUGCAGCUGAUGCAAAACAUCCAGGCUGCUAUUUUGCAUGUGAACAAGCCCAGCAGAAAUGACAAGGCACUUUUAUUUCUGAUUUAAAUGUGACCAGAUUUCGGAAUGUGUUGUUAGCUGUGCCUCCAAGUAAAACUGCUGCUGCUGUUUUAUUGUUGCUAAGUUAAAUUUCCAGAAAUUGGAAACAUUUGAGUUUAUCUCUCCUGCCCUCUAGUGGACAAGGAGGAUGAACUGCACCUUUACCAAGACAAAGACCUGCUCCAUGCAUUUAAACACAUCUAAAGAUAAGGAAAACCGAUAUUCUCAGAGCGGUUACAUAAAAAUAUAAUUUCUGCAUUUGAUUUCGGCAUCAGCUGUCCCAUGAGGAUUCCCCCCCCCCGUUUUACUGUGAAUGAGGGAGCAGUUUCCACUGCACUGUGAAGACUGGGUGAUUCACCCCAAAACAAUGUGCGAGACAGAGCUCCAGCUCAGCAGUAAUUGAACUUUUUACUGACAAAGAACCGAGGAUCAGGCUUAACAUGUUUAUUCAUUUCAUGGAGCGUUGCAGUGAUUCCCAACCUGUGGGGGAGGUAGAGAGCUAAGAGAAGGGCGAUCAGAUGCAAAUUUGUGUCAAAGUUGUUGGAGCAUUCAGAGAGACCUUUGACUAUUCCUUCUGGCUUUCCCUCCAGAGUGUCCUGAAUUUGCUCUUCUCGCUUAAGUUUGGAGAAAAGAGUUGUUUUGGAUUUAGAUCUGCGUCCUGAAGGCUGAUUUUGUGUCUGGUGAACCGUUUCCGUGUUAAUUUGGGUGUUUGUUUUGGUUCAUUUUGUUACGGAAAGCUCCAACUUCAGAAUACUAACUCAGACCACCAGAUUUCUAUUAAAAAUGUUCUGGCAUUUAAAAGACUGCGUAGUGCAGUGUACUCUAGCAAAAAAAUUUCAAUUCACUUGAAAUAUUUUUUCAAUUUACUUGAGAAACCAGAAACCACAUCGCCCACAUGUCGUAUUUAUUGCAGGAACACUCAGUCUUAGUCUAAUCAGACCAAAGCACAAAGUUGUUUUACUGACAGCCAAUGAGGAUUUGAAUCAUAACAAAGGUUUCAGGAUCUUUGGAGGAGAAACCGGCCCACGGCAUCAUGGAACCUCAGCUUCAUCUGACAUACAGCUUAAGUUAUGGUCCAUGUAAAUGUUUACAUUUGUGACAGUAGGAAAGUUUUUGUUUUUGUCUGGCAUACAGAUCUAUUGGUUUUCCUGUAGACCUGGCGAUGUUAAGGUACAACUCUUUGCUGCAUUUGAGCUUGUUUGUGUCUGGUGCCAAGAUAAAUCAUAGAGCCAAGAUAAAUCAUAGAGCCUUGUUUGUUGCUACUCUUGUUUUUUAAACUAUUAGACAAUCUGACCUUAUAGACAGCACCGGCGGAGCAGCUUUCAAAUUGGAAUGACAUGUUCUGGAGUAUUUCUUAUUUUGCAUAAAUUUAAAGAAAAUAGAAAAAGAUCUCUGCAUCUGUACCAAUUCCUUGGAACUAUAACUUACAAAAUAUAAAAUAUUUCAAUCAGUUGAGGCUUAUUUUAAAGGAACUGGUAUGGCUUUAAAUUAUUAUUAUUAUUGUGGCACCAUUCCAGUUUAUGUGGAAUAAACUGGAGAACAAAGUUGAAAAAAAAAACUAAUUUGAGAAGCAACAAAGUAGAUGUAGAUGCUCUGUACUUACAUGUUUAUACACAGUGUUGCACUAACCCUUUAGAAUGAAAUAAAAAGCACAUAUAUGCAAACCCCGGCUGUGAUGAACAGAUAUGUUCAUCACUUAUCUUUAAGUUGGAUAUGAUCUGCUCUGACUGAUCAAGACCAAUUUUUAACAUUAAUCUCCCAUCUAGCAGAUGCCAGAUGAAGCAUAACGUUUUUGUCUUGUCGGUGCAAGAAGGGAGGCUGCCAGGAGAAAAGGUUAUGGGAAUAUGCUUAUUGAAUACAACAUGAAUAAAAACUUAAAAGCUUGAAAAUGAAAACAUCUUGGAAGAAGAUUUUACCUUUUUAAAGCUAAGCGUCAGAUUUAUUUAAAAAUUUUUUUGGGGGAAAAUUAGUCACACCGUCUUUAGAACUAGUUUGUUAUAUAUACAAUAGCAUGUUAUGGUUAAUUUUACUGUGAAUGAUUCUUAGAUUAAAAUAAAAUAUUUCCUUGCAAAAACAACCUUAAAAGUUGCCAACUCACAUAGUGACAUCACACAAGGAAUAUGAUAAAUUUUUAAAGUGAGUCUAUUUGAAAUGUUUGUUCUUUAUUGCAUGUUUUCAGGUAAAUUCUUUCUUCAAAUAUUCUCUCUUUGCUCACGUCAGCUGAUCUGUUUAUUUUUAAAACCUUUGGAAAUUCUGCUUUGGAAAAAAAAAUCCCCACUGACCUUAAAUGUUCUUUAUUCUGAUAGCUGAUGCCUAAAAGAGAGGCAGUUCUCCCUCCAGCUAAGACAGUUCUGCAACGUUAAGGGGAAAGUCACUGAUGGGGGAUGAUUGAAUGUUCCCUGAAAGUCUUUAGAUUUUACUGCCUAUCAGCUCAAACAUACCAAACCUUACGUUUUAUUUUAGUGGCACGCUGGAGACCACAGUUCAGCCUGAAGCCAAGUUUCAGGCCGACAUCACGGUCUCAAAUACUUGAACGUUAACCAUUUACAUACCACUUCAAAGUGUUAUUGUUUUAAGUCAGUGUGUUUUGAUGUAAUUUAAAUGGAAACCAGAAUAAGUGGUCCUGAAUGUGCUGAAUCCCAAUAAAACAAGCAAUGGAAAAUGGAAAACGUGAGUCUGUUUAUGUGCUGUAAAGGAGCAGGAUCUUAAGCAACAACGGUAGAGUGAGGGUGGGUUUUUCUUUUUGUGCUCCAUCUGCAUGUUGACUUUUAGCUGUUGUUCCAAAGACUGACAAGGUCAAGAGGUGAAGUCCUGGAUGAGGGAUUAGGUUUAAACCCGAGGAUUAUGCAAAGCACCAACAGUUUACCUCGUUGUACUCCAGAUAGUAUGGAUUAAAGUAAAAGCAGCCCUAAAAGGAGUAAGAGUCGUAUCAUUACACUAAUGUCAAGGAUGCUUAAGGUGAAGAGGGUAAUAAAAAAGAAUUGGACACCAUCCCUCUCGUCUUCCCUUCUUUUGUUACGGAUCUCCUUUACCGUCUUCGCUGGUUCUGUGUCACUUGAGGCAGGUGACUGUCUGACUUGCAGAGGAGGACGCGGCUGCUUCUUAUAUAUGUUUGAUGCCAGGAGUUUGUGCUUUAACCCAUGAAGGGAACCGAUCCAACACGUUCGCUCUUAUUACCUUAAAA